AUGGGACCUUGGACUCACCAGGGCAGUGGCCUUGCUGCAGAGCUGACUCACUUGGCCUUUUCUGGCCUCCCUGGCAGCCAGGACUCCCAGCCCAGUGGACCUUGGCUUAUAGCCUUUGGUCACUCCUCCAUGAGUCCUGGAGCCAGGAGGCUCAGGCCAGAAGACAAGCAGCAAUGUAGCUGCAGGCAUGUCUGGGCCACCCUGAGAAUACCCGAGCAGACCCAGGGCUGGCUGAAGUGCACGGACUGGAGCGUGUGCAUGUCCACACCUCGCCGACACCUCGAAACAGCCCUCCUGGGAAGCUACAGUCAUAUGUCCAUGUCACAUUACUUUCAGGGCAGGGACCACAUCUGGGUUCCAGGCACUCUGCACGAUGUCUGCCCAGACUUCACCAUGGGCCAGAAGCAGGACCUGUGGUACAACUUAUACCUUUCUGGCUUCAAGGCUGUCACCAUGGAAUGGGUGUCCCAUCAGCACAAGGUGAACUUUAAGAGGUUCUUUCUGAGCCUAGGCAGGCUCCAUGCAGGGCUCUGGGACAAAGCCAGAAAUCGGAAACACUUCCUCAACAAACGACCCCACUCGAUGGCAUCCAUGCUACGUGCGCACGCUGGUGCGGGAGGGCGUGGCCCACAGCUCCGAGGCGCAUCACAAGGCCUGGUUGCCGUGGUAGCGGCAGAGGCGGCCGCGGAGGCCCGCGGGAAGGCCAGGACCCCGCAGGAGCUAGUGGCUAGUGGCUGGAACCGCGCCCGCUCCAUGGCCACCAAAUGGUUCACUGGUGCGCCCUUCGGGGUGCAGAGCCACAGGUUUGACAUCUCUGCUGUUUAUCCCAACCGGAAGAAGCUCAGCACCUUCACUGAGGCCCCAUACUCCACGCGUUAUUCUGUGGAAGUGUCCCACAUAGGCCCUGGGACCUACAGCUCCAAGGACACCUGCUUCAGCAAGAAGAAGCUGAUGAAGGAGGUGGAUACAGGCUGGGCCAAGGCCCAGGAAGCCACGCGGCUGACCCAGCUACCCCACUUCCAGUACCAGGGGAUCAUGAAAGAGAAGCGGCUGCAGGAGCAGAAGCUGGGGCCUGGCUCCUACAACCUCAAAGACUUCUUAGAACAGCUGCGGGAGAAGCCGUGUAGCACCCGGGGGCUGCUCAGCUCUGGGGAGGUUCGCUUCCGAGGACUCAUUGGGAACUACUAUCCGGGCCCUGGAAAUUAUGGGGAGAAGGGCAACCCAUACACCAAGCUGGAGGAGAAUGCCUGGAACCGGUCCCAUUCCGAGGGCCUCAUGUGCAGGAUGAGCAACAAGCCGCACCCCCGGGCUCAUCAGGGCAGUGGUCUGGCACCCAGCACCUACUCCAUCAAAAGCGGCAUUGAUACUUACGUGGCACGAUCCGUUGGCACUCGUGGUCCCUAUGACACUUUCUCCGGUGAUCGGAGCAAGCCACUGCCCUAUGGGCACUACUCCAUGCAGAAAAAAAAGCCCAGGGAACUGAUGAAUUUCAAGAGCUUUGUAGAAGAACUUAACUCACGUCACAAUAAGAAACGUGGGGCUUUUUCUAAACUUCCCCGCAACCCGAAAAUGCCUACGGAGAGGAUUUACUGGUCUACCCCUAGCCAGUGCCCACGCCUUCUGGCCACAUCUGGCCCUGGUUUCUGGCUUCCACAAGAGAAGAAAUGCAGACCUGUCAACCAGCCACCGUUCCUGUUCUCCUCCAAGGGGUCAGGUGCAAAGGCCUGCCAGAUGAUUUUGGGAAGCUGGAACCCCGUAGGUGUGGGCCGCUACCUCAACACCUGGCUGAUGGAGACAAAGGACAGGCGGCAGCGAUAUCGGUCCUUAUACCUGCCUGGAUCCAAACGCUACCUCUCAGACCCGGCCCGGGACAUGCUCAUGCAGGAAAGGAUCACACCAUUUACUAAGGGGAAGUGCCCUCCAACUGUGGAUUACAAUUCAGAUCCUACUCCUUAAAGCCACAUGUGAAGGACAGCUCGCAGUGACCGGAGAACCCAAAGGCCUGAAAACAAUUCUGGGGGUGAGAGCAUGGGCAUGGGAAAGCAUGGGUGUGGGAGUGGGAGGUUUUAGGGAAAGGACACACAAGAGUGCCUGGGAGUGGGGAGAGACUUGUGGAGAUCACCUUUGCCGGAGCUGUAUACCUGAAGGUCACAGUGUCUUCCGGGACAGCUGGGGGCGGAUAUCUUGUUACAGGAGAUCAAUUAUCCUGAGAAUUAACUCAGCCAGUGACAUGAACUUGGGGGCCAGAUAGCAGAUGGACUGAAGGGAUGGGAUGUGGUGGACACUUGUGGGACCCUUUCUAUUCUAAAGCCAGAGUGCUUGGCUCCUUGUUUAUUAAAGUUCAGAAAGUGGUGGGAGAGUGUA